AUGGAUUCGUUUGCUGGCGUCUCUACGGCGGAGAAUGUCUCGGUCUAUCGGAGUUUAGCGGCGGUGCAUUGCAUUCUAGGGUUUCGAUUUGGGACUUUGGGGUCCUACCUUUGUAUCGCAUUCACCGCCAUUUUAGUGAAUGGAUUUUCCUGCAAGGCAGAGACGAAUGUGACAGAAGCUGAUUUCUUCUUUGCUGGUUUAGCCAAACCUGGAGUUAUCAACAACACAUUGGGAUCUUUGGUUAUUGCAGCCAAUGUGGAAAAAAUUCCAAGACUUAACACAUUGGGAGUGUCUUUCUCUAGAAUAGACUAUAAAGCUGGGGGACUUAACCCACCUCACACACACCCUCGUGCCACUGAGAUUUUGUUUGUGUUGGAUGGUCAAUUAGACGCGGGGUUUAUCACCACAGCCAACAAGCUCAUCUCAAAGUCCAUUAAGAAAGGUGAAAUCUUUGUGUUCCCGAAAGGUUUGGUGCAUUCUCAGAAGAACAGCGGAGACAAGCCUGCUUCAGUGCUUUCUGCUUUUAACAGCCAACUUCCUAGAACCUUUUUUGUAGCUGCAGCUCUAUUGCCCAAAAACCACUCUACUACCUCGGUUCAGGUCCCAACCGAGGCAGUAGAAUCCGAGAUAUUGACUCGGUUCAGCAAGAACCGAGCAUUUGUUCCAAGUGAUCCAAACUUAUAUGUUGUUCAAUAG